AGAGUCAUCGUGUCAGUUAAAAUCAACAUACGGUACGGUUUGUAUGCGUUUCGAACCUCUACUUUGCGCACAGUUUGAAAUCAACAAUUCAUUUUAUCCUCGCCGCUUGCUUUUGAUUGAAAAGAAACUUGCUUUUUCUUACCUCCGUUGGAAAUGUGAAACUACCCUGAAUGGAUUGCGUUGUGAGUGAAAGUUCGAUGAGAUAGCCUUGUUGUUUUGAGUGGCAAAAUAGAAGAUCUUAAUAAGAGAGGGUGUUUCAAGUGCUUUACAUCAUACGACAGGAUUCAUCAGCGAAGAAAGCUGUGUAAUGUGGAAAAGCUACCAUUAACAAUGUUCCACAUAACAUUGGCUUUCCUAACCACAAACAACGUGUAGACACCGUCAGACACCGUCAACGUGUAGACACCGUCAUAAACAAAAAUGCUGUGAAAACAAUGUGAUUACGAUCGAUCUCAACUUAUCGAUCUGAUGUUACAAGUGUCGAGAAUUUCCUGACGCAGUACGGGUGAAAUCGCUCAAAGAAAACAACAUCAUAGAGAGCAGAGUAAAAAUCGAGAUUAGAUGCACAAACGGUCAAGCGUCUCAUCGGAGUGAAGGAAUGAGCUGAGUGAGUGGGUGUAAAGCUUGAGGUGAGAUUUGAUAGCGCGCAAAAAGUGUGCUGCUUGUGGUGAGGCCACACGUUGAAGUUUCACCUUCGCCCACACCCGGAAACUAUCACGCCGCGCGUAGAGUUUUUUCUUCCCGUCUCGAGACGAUCACGAAAGAGGCGCUCUAUUGCGUGAUGGAAGUAAUCUUCCAUCAUCACCUUGCGCGUCGUUUAACUAUAUUACGUUGCCGCAUCCAGUGCUGGCUGUAAGGGUGCUCGGUGAAUGUUUAUAGCUAAUUGGCGCAUUUUGCAUUCGGCUAGUUGCAGUUGCACGAUGCGAGAGUUCCAGUAUCGCUGAACGAAGAAAGCACCUCCAUCGCGCUGCACAUCUGGUCAUGUUCGAGCGUCGUCCUCUGUUUGGGGCUCUGCUCGUGCUAACGCUGGUCGUCACAAUAUGGCAUAUGUCGUUCCAAGCAACCACCAGUGCUGGCAGCAGUGUCACCAACAGUCUUGGCAGUUCCGGCAUAACAUACCUGGAGCCAGCGGUUGCCAUCGGGCCGCUAGCGUAUGUGCGAACGGCCGCCCCGAAAGCAUCUACACCACAUCACGUUCUGCCUAUGGCAUCACAGGCAUCUACAGGUUUCGGUGGCGAUAGUGAUGUGAAAAAUGAAGACGGAGGAACGGCAGGGAGUAAUGGCCUGGUGGUCAACCAGACCGCCCCACGGGCGCCUGCGCCGAUAUUAGUCAAUCCAAUAGAAAUGUUGCCAAAAGAUGAUUAUACCAGUUUAAUAGAUUUAAAACAUUUUAAAUUCAUUAUCAAUUAUAGAAACUGUAGUGAGAGCGAGCGGAGAAAGCGUGAAAGUGUGCGUAACAAUAGCCUUAAGGGUGACGAGCGACGGUCACCACUAGUUUUAAUAUUAGUUCAUUCAGCACCAACCAAUUGGUACAAUAGGAAUACCAUUCGUGAUACUUGGGGGCAAUACGACCCACGAGCGAAGCUCGUCUUCCUUCUCGGAGCUGUUAACUCUAGUGCGCUCCAACGACGAAUACAGCAGGAGAACCGUCUAUACGACGAUAUCGUGCAGGGUAACUUCGUAGAUGCGUACCGAAAUAUGACAUACAAACACGUGAUGGCAUUAAAAUGGUUCACCUAUCACUGCCCGGACGCUAAGUACAUCUUGAAAGCAGAUGAUGAUGUGUUCGUGAAUACACCGGUGCUGUAUGACGUGCUCGAAUCAACAACCCAAAGGCGGAAGCUGCUCUUCUGCCAAGAGAUCAACAGGGCGGCUGUUAAACGCACCCAUCGCUCGAAGUGGUACGUCAGUGUGACGGAAUACCGGAACAAGUAUUACCCCAACCACUGUCCCGGGUAUUCGAUCAUCUACACGCCGGACGUGGCAUUCCAGCUGUACCAAGAAGCCCAACAGCAGCCAUACUUCUGGAUCGACGAUGUACAUCUCACGGGAACGAUCGCGAAGCGGAUCAACGCGUCCAUCACUCCGACCGGUACGCUGCUACUCAACAAGCACCAGAAGGAUGCCAUCAUCGCGGAAAAACUUAACGCCACGGAGCAGCUGUUCUUUUUCACCCCACCAGAUCUGCGAGAAACCGAGAUUCGAAAGCUCUGGAAGGCGGUUACGCUGGCAAGAUCUGCUAGAUAGUAGUUACCAUCGGUCCGAAGCUGAAAUAGUGAGAAAGAGAAUGUGCGGGGAAAUGUGUGUGAGUAUACGUUUCGGGGAAGCCGUCUCCUUUCGGCGUAUACAAAACUGAUUAGAAGAAGUCUGUAAUUAUGUUAGGAAUACAGCUAUGACGGCUAGUGUACAUAAUUUACCGGUCCUUUCCAAUGUUUGCAUGAAUGAUAUGGUAGGGUUAAAUUGUAUUAUUUCUAGGUCAAUUCACAUUCGCUAGGGAAUACAUUCAACAAAAACAACAAGAUUAGGUAGUUCAUCAGUUAUUCAAGUGUCUCGAAGUUCAAGGGUGGUUAUGCAAUUGAAAAUUUUACGUCUAAUCGUGAAUUAAAUAGUGGUACUAGGUUGUUCUUGUGAAUAUUAAACGGGAAAAUGGUCUCGCUUGCUCGCUCGUCUAUAUACUAUGCUCUUCCUUCCCAAUCCCAUUUCUUUUGUGCAGCCGGACCGAACAAUUCGAUACAUAUUGUUUACAAAUGGUGAUAUUGACUAUGGAUUUGAUAGCCGAAAAUAUGAAAUGUUUCAUACGGUGUAGAGUAUAUUCCACUAUAUCAAAGAAACCACAUGGUUUGAUGAAAGCAGGAGCUAUAAUAUUAGGCUGUCAAAAAAGUCCUGCGGUAUUUCCGCGAGGUGUCGUUGUAAGCGCGUAGUUCUAGUUGUAUUCAUUGUAUCGAGUCAUACUAUAGCUUGUUGGAAAGGUAUUUUUGCGCGCUUUAAUAUAGUCCUUGACAGUGUUUUGUUUGGUUAAGUCGUUCGUGAGUUAUAGUGUCGCAAAUAUGGAGCAAAAUAAAGAGAAAAUCCGACAUAUUUUACAGUACUACUAUGACAAAGGCAAAAAUGCAUCUCAAGCUGCCAAUAAAAUUUGUGCAGUUUAUGGACCCGAUACAGUUUCCAUUUCCACCGCACAACGAUGGCUUCAACGUUUUCGUUCUGGUGUAAAGGUCGUCGAAGAUGCGCCACGCUCCGGAAGGCCUGUCGUCGAAAAUUGCGACAAAAUCGCUGAAUCAGCCGAGAAAGACUGGCAUUGUAGCAGCCGUAGCAUCGGCGAAGAGCUAGGGAUAAGUCAUCAAACCGUUAUUAACCAUUUGAAGAAGCUUGGAUUCACAAAGAAGCUCGAUGUAUGGGUGUCACACACGUUGACGCAGAAAAACAUCUUUGACCGUAUCGACGCAUGUGAAUCGCUGCUGAAUCGCAACAAAAUCGACCCGUUUCUGAAGCGGAUUGUGCCUGGGGAUGAAAAGUGGGUCACUUACGACAACGUGAAGCGCAAACGGUCGUGGUCGAAGCCCGCUGAAGCGGCUCAGACGGUGGCCAAGCCCUCAUUAACGGCCAGGAAGGUUCUGCUGUGUGUUUGGUGGGAUUGUCAAGGAAUAAUCUAUUAUGAGCUGCUUCCCUAUGGCCAAACGCUCAAUUCGGACCUGUACUGCCAACAACUGGACCGCUUGAAGGUAGCACUCAUGAAGAAGAGGCCAUCUUUGAUAAACAGAGGCCGCAUUGUCUUCCAUCAGGACAACGCCAGGCCACACACUUCUUUGGUGACGCGCCAGAAGCUCCGGGAGCUCGGAUGGGAGGUUCUUUUGCAUCCGCCGUAUAGUCCAGACCUUGCACCAAGUGACUACCACCUGUUUUUGUCCAUGACGAACGAGCUAGGUAGUCAGAAGUUAGCCACAAAAGAGGCCUGUGAAAAUUGGCUAUCCGAGUUUUUUUGCCAAUAAGGAAGCGAGCUUCUAUAACAGGGGUAUUAUGAAGUUGGCAUCUCGUUGGGAACAAGUCAUCGAACAAAACGGCGCAUAUUUGACUUAAAACAGAUUUUUAUUUUUUUUUUAUCCAAAAUAUAUAUUUUUUUUAAGGCUCAUAUGGCGUCAGCCUAACGGGGCCGGGAGUUCAAUAUUUCGACAAUGUUUGCUUACAACUAUGUUAGUAAUAUGUAACCGAUUACUCGCGGUUGGCUCGAGGUUAGAAUUACAAGUGUUCUCAUAAUUGGUAUGUUGCAGUCUUCGAUGCUCUGUACGUGUGCCCGACACGGGAUACCUGCUAUUGGGAUGCAGCUGACCAUUAAUCAGCAACGCCCCCCUAGUCUGUACCCCAUAUCUAGCGUGGUGCGUCUUUCUCGACUCGAAGAAUCCAGGAUAGAAUGGUCACUAGCCGGCGCAAUCAUCAGCUCGUGUAGAGUUGUCAUAAGCGGUACAACCUUUGGCUCUUGUUGAAUGAUCAGUGGACUGCACAACCUUUGGCCCGUGUAUCUGUAAAGAGUGUGUGUAUGUAUUGCCGCGACUAAGUAAAAGUUUAUCGUUUGGAUAGGAGGGAUAUGAAACGGGGACACAACAAAGGAAACAUCAUUAAACGUUGACAUCGGCGUUUCUGAGGAACAGGUAUAGAUGAAGCAGAAGAUCAGGAUCACGGCUACCUAAGAUAUCCCGGACGGGGAUAUCCGAUUGUCUGCCUUGUGCUCUCAGUGCUCUAGAGAGCUGAGAGCGAGCAGCAUGGAACCGGAUACACGACCAGACAUCAUGCUCGAUGUCGUGGUAGCCAUCGCCACAAUCACAAAGAUUGUUUGCUGCGAGCCCAAUGCGAUAGAGAUGCGCGUUUAGGUUGUAGUGAUUGGACAUAAGCCGAGAUAUCACGCGAAUGAAAUCACGACCUACAUUCAAUCCCUUGAACCAUGCACUCGUCGAGACCUUAGGGAUAAUCGUGUGUAACCAACGACCGAACUCAUCUUCACUCCACAUGCGCUGCCAACUUACGAGCGUAUACUGACGAGGAAUGUGGAAAAAUUCAUUAUAAGCAAUUUGCCUUUCAAAAAGUGUGCCUUCUAAAGCGCCCACCUUAGCUAGCGAGUCCGCUUUCUCAUUGCCCGGUAUCGAGCAAUGAGAGGGAACCCAUGCUAAGGUAAUCUUGAAUAAUUUUUCGACCAAAACACUCAAUAGUUGUCUUAUCCUUGUUAGGAAAUAAGAUGAGCAUUUAUCAACUUUCAUUGAGUUUUCAUUGACUUAAAACAGAUGAUUAUAACUAAUUUUAUGAACAAAUGAAAAUUCAAAAAAAAUACCGCAGGACUUUUUGACAGCCUAAUAUAAUUUGUUGACGAAUGGCCCAUCGAUAGAUUAUUUUCAUUGGCGGGAAAGGGGGUAUCAUUCCUGCUGGGCAGUCUUCAGAAAACAUGCUGCGCUGCACUCGAGUUUAGUUUUCUUCAGCGCGAAUUCAUAACCAACACAUAUUCUCUCUUGGUACGAAGUGUGUUAAAUUCUUAAAAACGAGAGCGUUGCAGUUUGAAGACUGGUGCUGGAGAAAUCGAUUGCUCCUUUGAGCUUUAAUAAUUCUUUUCCAGCUCAUUAACACGUUCCCGCCGGCGCGUAACACCGGUGGCUCGGACUAGGCUGCUUCAUCGUUAUUGUGUCAUUGUGUAAUGAUUCGUAACAUGUAACAACAAACGAAUGACACUGAGAAAAAAUAAUAUUGAAGAAGUCGAUCAUUUUGGAACAAAAGAAAGUGAAUUAUUCAGAAGAACGUUCGAUCGGCAAACACUGCUUCCGUUCGAUAGAGCGAAAAGCAUUAAGCGCGGCCGUCAGAUGGCGAGAAACAUGAUUUACAGCAACGGCGGGAACGUCUUAAUUAUUAACCCGAAAACUUAUUUCAAUAGCUUAAAAAUUUCAUUGAAAUCAGGCUAAUGAUAUCACAAAUCUGUAUAUAAACUGGUGCUCGCUUGGAAAUCCAUUUCAAGAACGUCGUUUGAUGUUUGCUGAAGCGGACACGGUUUACUGAGGAUUUUUUUAUAUUUUGAAAAAUAAAAUUUUGGUGAACGUUUUUGUGUUGAUUUUUGAGGCAAAAACGUAUUUUUUCACAAAAAAAUGUCGCCAUUUCGUCAAAAAUCAUCUUGAAUGGCGUUAACGUUCCCUUGUGGAACUUUUGCCGUCUCAACGUAUGCAUUAACUAGCGUCAUUUAUUAAUACUUGGUUGAGAUUUCAUAAGCCAAAUAACACGCCUUGAAUGUGUUCCGAGAGGCAUGCUCUUGAAUACGCGUGACCACAGUGCAAGUCGAAGGAAAUUUCUUUGACGAAAAAUCCGCCGGCCAGAACGGGAAUCGAACCCGAACACUCGGCAUGAUAAUGUGAGACGCUAACCACUCGGCCACGGGUGCAUAGAAAAUAUUAUAGAAAAUAUGUCACCCUUCUAAAGUCGAGUGGACUGCGAGUGAUCGGUUUCCUACUUUAUUAACCUUAAAGUUAAGAAAAAUGUUGAUAUAUACUAGUAAAAAUAUACAGGGUCUUUCAGAUUAAACGCUCACGUAACAAAUUUUAAUAACUUCUACAAAAGUGAACCGAUUUUUAUUUUAAAAUACGAAAAUAAAGCUUGUUUUAGGAAAUUUUCGAUGUGAUCACCUCUUUUUUCGAUAACGCGUUUUAAACGGUGAACUAAAUUCUUCUUGCACAACUCUAACAUUACGACUUCGAUGCUGUUGAAAAUCCGAGUUAUUUUUUCUUUAAGUUCCUCCAAAUUUUGUGGCUUAUUAACACAGCAACGGUCCUUCACCUACCCCCAGAGGAAGUAAUCGACGACGAGAAAUGUUGAAAUUCUUACUAUAAGAGGACAAAGUUUCAUUAAGGCUUCGGUUGCUCGAGUAAUACAAUUUCACUAAAAAUACACGUUCUUGUAAAGUGUACAUGUUGACGCUAAAAAUCAUCCGACCCAACUGAACGAGUAGCUGAAUAUUAUCGCCCCGAAGUUGGAAAUAAAAUGUUAUCAUCGACGGAGCGAAAAAAUAUAUUUAUAGGGAGCUAUUCGAUUUUUUUGCGUGAGUGUUUAAUCUGAGAAGCCCUGUAGUUGAGAGUUUGGCUCCUUUAAACUUAAGUAACUGAGCCUAUUAAAAUAAAGAAUUUGAAUAAAAUUUAUAAUGCUCGUAAAAACAGAAUUGCUUCAACCAAAUCUUCCUUCAUUGAGGCUCGAAGAUAUGACUUCACAAUUUUCAAAGCAGAGAACAGCCUUUCUACGCUAGCUUGAGUUGGUGGCAUGGCAUGGCAUUAAUCGUUCGAGCAACAUCAAUGAUACGCUAGAGAAACGCUGGAAUCACUUGUACUGUUAUCUUGCACGAUCGGUCAUAUUUUUAAAUCUCUGACAAACAAGCUAGGAUAUAUUGCUGAAUUGGCAGCGCCCAGUAUAUCGCUGCCAAUUCAGCAAUAUAUACUGAGCAAGGAUACUGAAGCCUGUGUAAGGUGCUAAAAAAUACGAUGAACACUCCAAAUCCUAUGGACUCAUUCAUAGAGGACCCAUCAGUAAAGUACAUAUUAUAACAAUUGAUACGCCCAUACUUUGCAUUGAAGAUCGUAGGAACGAUCCCCGAUAGAAGAUAAUGGAUUCAUGGAUUUUCUCCUUCACGAACAGAUCAAAAUGUACAGAGGAAUUGAUGUAGUCAGGAAAACAAACACGGUUGGGAAUAUACGAAGAAGGAAUAACCUGCAUGGAGAUGAAUUCAUGAUAUGAACUCAUGAAGAGUGAAAAUUUAGCUCGAUCAGUUGCUCAAAAUUUCCGAUCACCAAUGGGUUCAUAACCUUACACCGGAUGAGGAACCGAAGAGAUAAUAAAUUGAAGCGAUCUUUUAGUGGGAGUACGCCUGCCAAAACCUCGAGACUCAUGGUAUGGGUUGAGGGCAUACAUCCCAACGCAAUACGGAGACAAAGAUACUGAAUUCGCUCGAGUUUAAUGAGGUGUGUUUUGGCAGCUGAUUGAAAACAGAAACUGCCAUACUCCAUCACUGAGAGAAUAGUGGUUCGAUACAACAUUAUAAGAUUUUCUGGGUGGGCUCCCCACCAGGUGCCGGUAAUUGUACGGAGAAAGUUUAUUCUUUGUUGGCAUUUUUUACUCAGAUACCUAAUAUGGGCCUCCAAAGUACAUUUGGAGUCGAACCAGACCCCAAGAUACUUGAAUGACAUAGCAUGAGUGAUCGGUUUACCCAAAAGUUGAAGCUUUGGUUUUGCUGGUCUAUGCUUCCUAGAAAAAAACACCAUCUCUGUUUUCUCCGUGGAGAAUUCCAGGUUGAAAAAUUGUUCAAAGUAUCUUGUAAGGAUUCUUGCAGGUCGGAUUCGUUUGAUCCUACGACAGAAACCACUCCAUCGUCUUCAAGUUAUCUUAGGCUGCAAUUUUGUGUAAGGCAAUUGUCGAUGUCGCUUACAUAGAAGUUGUACAAAAGGGGGCUUAAACAUGAGCCCUGGGGGAGUCCCAUGUAGGAGACCCGACUUACUGUCGAAUCCCCGUGAAAAAAGUUCAAAUGUUUCUCACAAAGCAAGUUAUAUAACAUAUUAUUCAAUAGAGGCGGCAGACCCCGAGAGUGUCAUUUGUCUGACAAAACCUCUAUUGAAACUGAAUCAAAAGCCCCCUUGAUGCCCAAGAAUACUGAAGCCAUUUGUUUUUUUUUUCUGCGUAAGCUAAUUGAAUUUCUGAAGAAAGCAACGCAAGACAAUCAUUCGUCCCCUUGCCCCUGCGGAACUCAUAUUGUGUAUCUGAGAGGAGGUCAUUCGUUUCAACCCAUUGAUCAAGGCGAAACAAGAUCAUUUUCUCCAACAAUUUCCGUAUACAAGACACCACAGUUAUUGGGCGGUACGAAUUAAAGUCGGACGUGGGUUUCCCGGUUUUUUUUAAUAGCUAUAACUCGUACUUGUUUCUAAUCAUCUGGAACAAUAUUAUGCUCCAGAAAUCGAUUGAAUAAAUUCAACAAGCGAUGUUUCGUCACAUCAGGGAGGUUUUUCAACAAGUUGAACUUAAUGUUACAAUUUUUACAAGAAAGGAGAGCAAGAGAGAACUCUAACAUCGAAAACUCGGAAUCAAGAUCGCACCUAUCUUGUGGUAUAUCUCGAACAUUUUUUUGCACAGGAGCGAAAUCAGGACACACCUUCCGUGCAAAAUUAAAAAUCUAUCGAUGUGUAUAUUCUUCGCUUUCAUUCUUUGAAGAACAAUUUCUCAUGUUUCGAGCCACUUUCUAUAUUUUUUUCAUUGACGUUUCUCGUGACGAAAUUUCGCCAAAGAGCACGUUUUUUCCCUUUGAUCAAAUUUUUGAAUUGAUUCUCAAGGGCUACGUUUGAAUAUUUUCAGGGGUUCCACGUUUCCGAAAAGCUUUAAAUGCAUUCGAUUUAUCCUGAUAAAGCUUGGAACACUGGCUAUCCCACCAUAGAUUGGGAGGCCUUCGGCGAAUGGUGGAACCUGGGAUGGGUUUCGUUUGAGCGCGAACUGCGCUGUCAUAGAUCAAAUGAGAAAGGAAGUUAUACUCCUCCAAUGGAGGUAAGCCAUCUCUGGAAUUGAUGGCUAGAGCAAUCGCGUCCGCAUAUUUUUUCCAGUCAAUGUUUCUUGUGAGGUCAUAUGCCAUGUUUAUAGAUUCAGAAGAAUUCGACCCAAUGGUGAUGGAAUUUUUUAUUGGCAUGUGAUCACUACCGUUGGGGUCCUGGAUUACAUUCCACUUGUAAUCUAACGAUGGUGAAAUCGAGCAAAGCGAGAGGUCAAGAGCGCUUGGGUUAGCAGGAGGUUUAGGCACACCUGUUGUUUCCCCAGUGUUCAAAACGGUCAUAUUGAAGCUGUUACAAAGGUAGUUAAUGGACUGAAUAGAAGAAUAGUAGAUUCUUACCUUUGUUCAUAGUUGUUCUUACCUUUUAUAGCACUUAGCAUGAAAACAGCAAACAAAAAAGUCAAAACAACUACAAAAAAAACGAAAAAUUAACGAUGCUCAUUUUCACGGAAUACAACGCGAAAAUUUUGUCACUGGUUUUCACAGUCACUUUGUUGCAAAUGCUUAGUGCUAUAAAUUAUGUGCUGUAUCGAUACCUGUAAUUUAUGUUGAAAUGAAGCCUAUACCAUAAAGAAUGUCAGGGUUUUCAUUAUUCAAUUAUUUAUAACAUAAAAUUCAGUAAAUUUACAUUUAAAAAAUGAAGUGUUCGAAAUUUGAGACAAAACGGUAGAACGUUAAUCGUAAACAUAGCAAGGCGUUGCAAAUGAAAUACCUCGAACGGAUUACAACAUGCACCCAAGCUUUAAUUUUAGAUCGUUCCGGUUCGCAUUAGAGGUUGAUUUGUGGUGCUUGCAGACUUGUGAUAAACAUAGAUUAAGUAAUACGCUUGAAAAGGGCUGGUAGGGCUAACAACCGUGUAUGCAUUUUAUUCCACAACUAAUGCCAUUACAACGCGUCGUGAAAAGGGAGGGGGGUGGCUGGGGUAUUGAUUCGAAGGAUAUAUCGAUAAGGUAAUACCACUGCAUCAUCGCAACGGUGCGCGAAUUGGCAGCGACUGAAUGUGCGAUAAUGAUUACUCAAAUGGCGGUUGUGUGGCUGCUGGCUGGCUGGCUGUUCAUGUUAACCACUCGUCUAUUUUAUCGCUUCAUCCAAUCCGUGCUAAUGUUUACACUCAAUUUAUAACCGCGUUCGAAGGUUUGGGUGGUUAGCUUCUAUACGCUCUGGCGAAUGCAUUUCACUGCUAAAUAACACAAAUAGAAGAACCAAACAACACCCCCAGGGAGGCAGGGAGAGUGAUUGUGUAUCUUUUUAACCAACACAAAGUGUUCCAUUUGUCACAUUGGUAGACAUUGUUCCGUUUUCAGUCAGCUGUCGCCGGCAUUGAAGGUGACGUUUUUUUCCUCCUGGAUAAACAACCGCCGUCGGUAAACUUAAACUGUCGCAUUGGUAGGGUAUAAUUAGGUACACCAUCUGAGUUUAAUUUAAUAGCCAGACACGAGCCGCUUCGGUGUAAAACGAACUGGUGUAUAUCGCAGGUUGACCGGGACUAUGGUUUUAUGAAGGUGAAUCGAUCUGAGUAAUAUGACAUAUAUUACCGGAUGUUUGGGAAUAAAAUACAAUGUUGGUUUCUCAAAAAAUGUGCAUUGGUUCGAAUUUCUGAAUGAUGUUCAAACAAUAAUGAAACUAAGGUCGAUAUGGCUACGUGUAUUGCACGGUUAAAUUGAUGAUGAAUGAGUUUUAAUAGUAGCAAUGUGUGGCAUUGAACCUACCUCACUAUUCAUCGUAGAGCUGUUUUGUCACGUUGUUUCUAGAAAAACGAGACCGCAUCACUAAAUUGGAUCUUGGGUAUAUCAAUCGGUCCAUCCUUAACACAUGUUUCACAUUUCGUCGGUCUUCCCUAGCUCUCACUACUUUAGAACACUCAUGGUUCUUUUUUUCAAACGGUUUUAUUUAGCUUGCCCUGUAAUCUGCUUGUAUGUUUGUAUGUUUGUAACUUUGUAACGUGUUUGUCUGUAGCGCUGACCCACAUUAAUAGAAAUUUGACCCCCUUUCUGUUGACCGAUUGAUCUUAAAUUUGGAACACACCUUUAUCUCUGUAGUCAUUAUAAAACUGCGUAUUUUAUGAUCUUGAAAAUUCAAGAUGGCGGAUCACAUAUUUUCUCAAAACCUCAUCGAUAUGGGUUUUCCAAAACCCCAUCAAUAUGGGUAUCAAAUGAAAGUGCUUGACUAGCUUGACUCUCUGCUGUCAUUUAAAAACUGCUUAUCUUGAAAAAUCCAAUUUGGCCGCACGUUUUUAUUUUAGUCCUAUCAAUGCCCUAGACUAAUGAAGGAGAGGUGUGAUAACUGCUAACUGCUACUUGCCUAAUUCUUUUCUAGCUUUUAAUACAUUAUUAUGUUUAAUCACAAUUAAACCGUUUAACUUAAAAAGUUUUUUUCACUUAUUUUUUUAUUCAAGGAAAUGACAAAGCACACAUAUGGCUUUUUGUGUGCAACUCUACAAUACUUACAUAUACAAGCUACUACAUAUUACAAUGUUAACAAAUCAUCCUACUUAUGAAUAACUUUAAUCUUAACACAUUCAAUAUCUAAAUUUUGUUAUCUGAUUUUGCUUCUUCAAUGAACUUCAACAAAUUUUCAACACCAGUGAGAUCGUCUCCCGUGGCCGAGUGGUUAGCGUCUCACAUUAUCAUGCCGGGUGUUCGGGUUCGAUUCCCGUUCUGGCCGUGGGAUUUUUUCGUCAAAGAAAUUUCCUUCGACUUGUACUGUGGUCACGCGUAUUCUAGAGCUUGCCCCUCGGAACACAUUCAAGGCGUGUUAUUUGGCUUCAGAAAUAUCAACUAAGUAUUAAUAAAUGACGCUAGUUAAUGCAUACGUUGAGACGGCAAAAGUUCCACAGGAAACGUUAACGCCAUUCAAGAAGAAGAAGAGAUCGUCUCCUAAGUUUGAAGUACUGAUACCGAACUUUUGUCUCGCUUUUGCAUAUAGAACGCAAUCAUCUAGAAUGUGUCUGAUUGAAAGAUAUGAAUUACAUUUUGUACAUAGUGGUCGAGGGGACUUAUCGAGAAGGUAACUGUGUGUCAUGUGUAUGUGGCCAAUUUUAAUUCUCGUUAGAAUCACUGACUCUUUUCAUGAUUGCCGAUAUGACGUGAACAUUCAUAAGGCACAGUUUUUAUAACGGGUGUUAAAAAAAAAAUGAGAAUUUUUUCAAUCACAUAUAAUUUUUUUGUUUUCAUCGAUUUCAGUAUUUUUUAUUAAUAACAUAAUGUAUUUUCUUCAAAAAAAUGUCAGCGAAUGUUUGAGUAAGGGCCGUGGUCUGCUGUUCGACGCAACUUUGUCGCGAUGCUCUCACAAGAACGUUGUACGGCUCUUACGUCCAUUUUCCGGAUACAAUUCCGGAUUCUUGUAGUCAGUUGCUUCGUGUCCUUGGCCCUCCAAUUGUUUUUAUACACUAGGGCACUGAGUGAGCCAAAGAAAUCCUCUAUUGGACGGCACUGGGGCAAGUUUGUUGGGUUACGAUCUUUCGGCACGAACGGUAUCUUUUUCUCCUCAAGAUACGCCAGCGUCUUCUUGGCUUAAUGGGAAGACGCCUUGUCCGGCCAGAAGACGUACUUCCCAUCCGCGUAAUGCUCGUUCAGGAACGGCAGCAGGAUUUUAUCGAGGCACUCUUCUCGAUAGAUUUGUUGGUUGAUUGCCAGACCGCUCGGCUUAAACCAAGGCUUUGAAACGCCCCGGUCGGAAAUGGCGAUGUACAACAUAACCUUUUUUUCAAACUUGUGCUUGAACUUGUAUUUCACUUCAGGCGGUGUGGAUGAUUUGUCGCUGGAGUAGUAAUUAUCAUUUCCUGGGAUAUGCGUUUUGGACAGCGGAAAAUAGCUUUCGUCGUCCAGAACGAAAGAUGUCCCGCGGUAUUUUUUGGUCAUCCACCGACACUGUGAUUUAACCGUCUCAAUCUGCUCCUCCGUGUACUCCGGCGACCUCGUCUUCUUCCUGCAGACGAUUCCUUCCAUCUUGAGGGUCCGAUGGAUCAAUACUUGGGAGCAGUCAUAUUUCCGACCGGCGUCACGCAGGCUGGUUGCGUCCUUGUUGUCAAACAGCUUCUUUAACGAUGUCUUCCUCUGCUUCGUCAUUAUCGUCACCGGACGACCACUUCCGACCUUCCGCUCUACGUUCAGGAAACCCAGAAUACGAUAUACCGUACUGACAGGUUCAUUUUCUUCCUUAAAAUGUGCCACCGUGAACUUUUUUCCUUGCUGGAAAUGCGUUUCGUAGAACCGUACAAUGCGUUCGCGGAGCACGUGCUAUUUCGACGCCAUCUUUGCUUUGACUAAAUUCAAACUAGCAAAACUAAACACGCCUACUGUUUCUAGGGAGCCCAAAGAGCAAUUUUCUUGGAGAAAGAAAAUUUUACGCUCUUUAUUUGAGUUACUGAAAGUUAUUGAAAAAAGUCUCAUUUUUUAUUUAACACCCGUUAGUUUUCAACCAACACUCUUUUAGUUUUGCCUUUAUUUGAGCUUUACCAGUGUAUAUGUCUAGAGCUGGAUCAUUGAUGCUCAACACAUAAGAUUGUUUGGCCAGUUCAUCUACCGCGACAUUUCCAUAUAUUCGAGAAUUACUUGGAAUCCAUAAAAAGUUAAUUACUUUGCCAUAGCCAUUUGCGGAUUUUAAAUCGUCUUGGAUAUUUUGGAUAAAUGGAUUAUCACUGAAAAUAUUUUCAAUAGCUUUCAGAAAACUCAGAGAAUCGGAUGUAUUCAAGGCUUUGGUGAUACAUAUGCUUGAAAUACAUAUUUGAUCACAUGAUGAAUUGCUUUUAAUUCUGCACAGAAAAUCGUUGAUCCUGGUGCGAGAUGUUCUUGAUACUGAUACGACGAACUAAAUACUGCGAAUGCGGUAAAGUUGCCGGACUGAGAGCCAUCAGUAUACACAAAUAAAAAAUCACAGAACUUGCUUUCUAUUUCUCUAAAAAGCAUACAAUAUUGGUCAUCUGAAGUACUAGAUUUUUCAAAACGAGCUAAUGAUAAAUCUAUGUUUGGUUUCGUUCCAGUCCAUGGACAAAUCGUAUGAAAACCACGACGAGAAAUACUUUCAAUGUUUAAUUGAUAUUUAUCCAAUGUUUCAAAGUACCAUAGCGGAAGUGGGGGCAUAGUGGCCACCCUAAUGAAUAUGCGCAUUUCCAGCGCCAACAUACCGAUUUUAUUCCCGUUUCUCGAAGAAUAUUAUAGUUCAACUCAUUGUUCUUCAAGAUGGCAAACGGCUUUUACUAUUAAAAUUCAAAAUAGUACACUUUUCAUCAUUAAAAAAAAGGUGAAAAAUCGAACUUUUUAUUUGCUUGGAGGUAAAGUGGUCACCUAGUGGGGGCAAAGUGGUCACUUGCACAUAUCAAGCUAAAUGGGAUAGAUUUAUGCGUUUUUUUCGUCAAAAUUUUUUCAAAUCAUAUUUGUUAUAGUAGGUACAUGCAUGAAAUAAGCUUGGCCUAUUCACCUAGAGUCUCAAUUCAAAUUUUCUUUUGCAUACAAAAGCGUAAUAAGAAACACAUAACGUUCCGCAUAAUGAGGCUUGGUUUAGUUGGAGUGGCAUAUUUAUCCAGGGUCAAAGCUACAAAAGGAUUUUUUUCAAGAGCAGAAUGUGAUGUAGUAAACAGAACAUUGUAAAUUGUUAUUCACCUAUGACCACUUUGCCCCCAAACAUGAAAAUAAUGUCUAUGCUAAUUAAUCGCUGAGAUUAAACAAAAUAUCUGUUCACCUCUCCUAGAAUAUGUAAACAGUCGUCCAAACUGAUGAUUUGUCCAACAUAUCAGAUUGAAUAAACUAAAUUUUACGAGAAAUUCCUUAGAUACCAUAUCGAGAGCGUAAUUUCUGUUUUUAUUUGUAUUUUGACAUACGACAGCUCUACUGAAGUACAGGGUGACUCAAGAGUAAUUAAAUUCUUCAAACAUAAGGUAACUAUCAAUACGGCAUCUAUAGUCAAUAGUUCUACUACCAAACAAGCAGGUGACCACAUUGCCCCCCCCCAUGACCUUUUUGCCCCCACUACCCCUACAUAGAAUGGUCGUGCUAGACGAGGUCGAGAUGAGUAGUGAUUUGUGAUUUCCGAAUUACUCAUGUUAGGAAACAGAGGGUGGUUCGCUUGGGAUUGGAUUCAUAUUCCAUAUGUAACAGUCUGUACGUCAAUCAUAUGUAACAGUCUGUACGUCAAUUUCAUAUAUUAUAGUAUUAUGUUGUUCAGAUUGAAUUUUGUGUUUCAAAAAUCCGGGGGAAAAGUUUUCUGAGCUAGAUGUAGAUGAGAAUGUGUUUGCAAGAGUUUCAGCAAUCUCACUUGUUCAUGAUUCUUAUGACUUUACGGAUUCCACGCUUUCUGUAUACACUUGCUAAAAUUCUAUUAAGACGCUUCGGAUAGAAAGUCGCCGAGUCGCGGGUUUUCACGUUAAUCAAAACAUCGUCUGCUAUAACCAAUUAUCGGGUUUUUCAAUAAGAGCGCUACAAAAGUUUUUUUUAAAUAA